UAUUUUGAUUGAACACGAAGGCGAUUUCAAUUUCAAAUUAUAUUUUCCUCGAAAGAAGUUUCGAAAGUGGUUGGAUUCAAUUUUGUGAAAGAAAAUUUGCAUAACUUAACUAGAAAAUUUGUUAAAUAGUCAAAAAUGAGUGGGGAAAAUUAUCGCAGUGCGACGAAAUCGCACGACCCCGGCUGGAAUGACCCUCCCAAGCUGAGCUAUGCCGGAACCGGCACCCCACCACCCACCAAAUUCAACCUCAACAAGCGAGUUGCCUUUCCGCUGGCAACAUCCGCAGCGACCACCACGCUUCCUCCAACGACAGCUGCCGGAGCAAGUUCGUUGCCUCAGUUUAUUCCGGCUGCCACUGCCGGCCAAAGUAGGCCACCUGUUGGUGGUGUCGGCCUUCCUCCAGCAGUGGUGGGGCCUCCUCCACCGGUGGCGGCAGUGGGUACACCUCCGAAAGUUGCACAACCGGGUUCGACGGAGGCCGAAACGGAAUUUCCCUCUGACGAAGAAAUGAAGCAACUUGUGGAGCGGACAUUCCGGGACUUUGUUGGAAAGCUUGACAGUUCGACACAGGCUGGAGUGCAACGAAGGCUGGAUUCCAUCAGCUGGAAGGAUUUGGGGGAUGCAUUAAUGAGGAAAUUGUUUCGCUUUGCAAAAGCACUCACGGAUGGAAACUCAACGUUGGCCAGUUCCAUCCACCGGGCUAUCAUUGUGGAUCACGGAAAAUUGAGCGUUCAAUGGGCACCGGCGUUGCGACAACUGAUGUUGACCCUGGAGCCAAAAACAACUCCGCAAGAAUCGGCCGCGGAAGGAAUCAUGAAACCCAUUUGAUUAGGAGCUGUUUGUUGAUUUAUUGUGCAAUUCAGUUGGUUUUUGUUUCAAUCGAGUCCAAACACAAACAGAUUGUUGGUUUGGUAAUAUUUAGCUGUUUUUGUGAUUGUAUUGCUUUCUAUAAUGUUGUAUCGCAUUUAGGCAGACUGAGAGAAUAAAACUCCUUUUCCAAAAAUUUCUUGGAAAAA